CAGUGAGUUUAUCAGCAUGGUUACCACUAGGAGCAGAGCCACGGCUGGCCCCAACGCCAGCAGCAGCCAAGCACCGACUAAGAAAGCGACCACUCAGGCUGGCCUUGGUGUGACAUCUGAAAAGGAGACUGCUCGACGAAAGCAGCAACGGCGUGGAGUGAAACUGAAGGUGCACCCGAGAAAGCAAAAAGACAUGAGGUUCCGCGAAUUCCCUCCUGAUGGAGAUUUUGCGGCCGAAAUUCGGAAAAAAUACAAGAAGGUCUUGAGAAAUCAGCGGUGUGACCGUUGCAGAUUGAUAGGUUUCUCGUGCACCAAAGAGUUUGAUGGUUGUCAAUCUUGUAAGAAGAUCGGAGCCCGCUGCACAGUUACUGACUUGCGCCACGACACGACUUAUGUCAGGGGCGUUUCUGCUCUUCCCCCACUGGAACAGAUUCAGAACAAUAUGUUGGAGAACCGGAUAAAAGACCUAACGAAACAAAUCUUCGACUUGAAGAGUUACUUAAAGUAUGACUCGGAGGCGCAAGCGCUCAACGAUCUACGCCAGGAAAACGAGCGUCUGCGCGCUGAGAACGAACGAUAUCGAUCAAUGUCUAUGUCUACAACUGCUGUCACUGGAGCGGCCUUUCAGACGGAAGAAAGCAGGCUGACCCGUCCAAGCUCGAUGUUGGCAGACGCACCAUUCGCUACACAGCAGCUAGAUCUCGGCGGGAAUCCAUACACACCCGCCGCUCAUGCUGAUAUCACCAACGACAGGGCCGGUACCACUGCCAACCCUAUUACCCUUCCUACGUGGGCUCAGCCUGCCCCGGGGGGCUACGUUGCCGACCCCGGAUACAUACCUGGGGUGACGAAUGCUUUCUCCGGACCAGCAGCAGAACCUCUCCAAGGAUACCAAGAAACCCAGAGCCACGGCUAUCCGGGGCUUGCAAUUGAUCCAGGACUACUAGCGGACCCAACCGCGAGAGAGGAAGGGCAAGAGUUAGUUACCCAGCCGUUCCUCGACUUUGUGUCCGGUGACGAGCAGGCGAACAAACAAGCGAGCGCCAACGAUUUCAACAGUGUUGACGCUGGAAAUUAUCCAAAUGAAGAAGACGUAGUCGACGAUGACACUUUGUUUCAUGACAUAAUGUGGGAUCAGUGA